GGUUGGGAGGUCCCGGGUCCCAACGGGGCUGUGAGAAUUCGGGCCCAUGGCGGACGCCCAGUACAUCCUGCCCAAUGACAUCGGUGUGUCUAGCCUGGACUGCCGCGAGGCCUUCCGCCUGCUGUCACCCACAGAGCGCCUGUAUGCCCACCAUCUGUCACGGGCCGCCUGGUACGGAGGCCUGGCUGUGCUGCUGCAGACCUCCCCUGAGGCCCCCUACAUCUAUGCCCUGCUCAGCCGCCUCUUCCGUGCCCAGGACCCAGACCAGCUGCGCCAGCAUGCCCUGGCUGAGGGCCUUACCGAGGAGGAGUAUCAGGCGUUCCUGGUCUAUGCUGCAGGUAUCUACUCCAACAUGGGCAACUACAAGUCCUUUGGCGACACCAAGUUUGUUCCCAACCUGCCCAAGGAGAAGCUGGAACGUGUGAUCCUGGGAAGUAAGGCUGCUCAGCAGAACCCGGCAGAAGUCAGGAGCCUCUGGCAGACCUGUGGGGAGCUCAUGUUCUCUCUGGAGCCGCGGCUUCGACACCUCGGGCUGGGGAAGGAGGGAAUCACCACCUAUUUCUCCGGGAAUUGCACCAUGGAAGAUGCCAAACUGGCCCAAGACUUUCUGGACUCACAGAACCUCAGUGCCUACAACACGCGGCUCUUCAAGGAUGUCGACCAGGAUGGGAAGCCCCGCUAUGAGGUGCGGCUGGCUUCUGUGCUUGGCACGGAGUCUGCUCUGCAUUCCGAAAUGACGUCCAGGCUGAAGAGCUACGAAUUCCGUGGGAACCAUUUUCAGGUGACGCGGGGGGACUAUGCACCUAUCCUCCAGAAGGUGGUGGAGCACCUGGAGAGAGCCAAGGCAUAUGCAGCCAACAGCCGGCAGGAACAGAUGCUGGCUCAGUACAUAGAGAGUUUCACCCAGGGCUCCAUCGAGGCCCACAAGAGGGGCUCCCGCUUCUGGAUACAGGACAAAGGCCCCAUCAUAGAGAGUUACAUCGGGUUCAUCGAGAGCUACCGAGACCCCUUUGGUUCCCGUGGAGAGUUUGAAGGCUUUGUGGCCAUGGUGAACAAGGCCAUGAGUGCCAAGUUUGAGUGUCUGGUGGCAAGCGCAGAACAGCUGCUGAAGGAGCUGCCCUGGCCCCCGGCCUUUGAGAAGGACAAGUUCCUCAGCCCCGACUUCACCUCCCUGGAUGUUCUCACCUUCUCUGGCUCUGGCAUCCCUGCUGGCAUCAACAUCCCCAACUAUGACGACCUAAGGCAGACGGAAGGCUUUAAGAACGUGUCACUGGGGAACGUGCUGGCUGUGGCCUAUGCUACACAGCGGGAGAAGCUUACCUUCCUGGAGGAGGAUGACAAGGACCUGUACAUCCGCUGGAAGGGGCCCUCCUUUGAUGUGCAGGUGGGACUGCACGAGCUGCUGGGACACGGCAGCGGCAAGCUCUUUGUGCAGGAUGAAAAAGGAGCAUUUAACUUUGACCAGGAAACAGUGAUCAACCCAGAGACGGGGGAGCAGAUUCAGAGCUGGUACCGGAGCGGGGAGACCUGGGACAGCAAGUUCAGCACCAUCGCCUCUAGCUAUGAAGAAUGCCGGGCUGAAAGCGUGGGCCUCUACCUCUGCCUCAACCCCCAAGUGCUAGAGAUCUUUGGCUUUGAGGGGGCUGAUGCGGAAGAUGUGAUCUAUGUGAACUGGCUCAACAUGGUUCGGGCCGGGCUGCUCGCUCUGGAGUUCUACACCCCUGAGGUGUCUAGCUGGAGACAGGCCCACAUGCAGGCCCGGUUUGUGAUCCUGAGGGUCUUGCUGGAGGCUGGCGAGGGACUCGUUACUGUCACUCCCACCACAGGCACUGAUGGGCGGCCAGAUGCCCGCGUCCGCCUUGACCGCAACAAGAUCCGGUCUGUGGGCAAGCCUGCCCUGGAGCGGUUUCUCAGGAGACUUCAGGUGUUGAAGUCCACGGGAGAUGUGGCCGGAGGCCGGGCCCUGUAUGAGGGGUACGCAGCGGUCACUGAUGCACCCCCUGAGUGCUUCCUCACCCUCAGGGAUACCGUGCUGCUCCGCAAGGAAUCUCGGAAGCUCAUCGUUCAGCCCAACACUCGUCUUGAAGGCUCAGAAGUGCAGCUCCUUGAGUAUGAGGCCUCGGCUGCUGGUCUCAUCCAAUCCUUCUCUGAGCGCUUCCCAGAGGACGGGCCCGAGUUGGAGGAGACCCUCACCCAACUGGCCACAGCUGAUGCCCGGUUCUGGAAGUGCCCCAGUGAGGCCCCAUCUGGCCAGGCUUGA